CGACUCCCUUUCCCUUUCGUUAACGCGUCUCGCUCUUUUCCUUCAGAGCCUCUUUCGGAAACCUCUUCCCCGAUUCGAUCGCCGAGAGGGAGAGCAAAGCUUCUUCGUCUCGUCUAGGGUAAGGAGUUUUAGGGCAUCGCUCCGAGGUUUGAAACCCUAGAUCUCCCCCUCGUCUUCGUUCUCCGAGAUCUCGACUUUUCCCCCAUCUUCUUCGUUCGUCGGAGGCCUCGAGCGAAGCGGAGUGGUCCAAGAAGCCUGCGUAGGGUGCAUUUUCUCGCCGGAUUCGUCCAGUCGUGGAGGCUUCGAUCGGUGAAGCUUCUCCUCGUCGAUCGGUGGAACUUCCGUUCUUCUUCGUCAAGAAACCCUAGAAGGAUCAGUAGCGGUGCAUCGAUUGUAUAUAUUUGUCUAUUGUCGUGUGCUGUAUUAGCAAGAUCUGUGUCUUGUUGUGUUUUGAUCUUUGAUUUGGUUGCUGCUCGAUUUUUGGAGCAGUUCUGUUUGUGCGUCCCUGAAAUCUUUGCAAGACUCGGAAAACUAUGGCUGUGUAUUAUAAAUUCAAAAGUGCAAAAGAUUAUGAAUCUAUUCCUGUUGUUGGGCCUUUUAUCUCUCUCGCUCAUUUGAAAGAGGCGAUUUUUAGAAGCAAACGGCUUGGGUGUGGUACCGAUUUUGAUCUUGUGGUGGCCAAUGCCCAGACUAAUGAAGAAUAUGUAGAUGAAGAGACUAUGAUACCCAAAAAUACGUCAGUAUUGAUUCGCCGGGUUCCCGGACCCCCUCGGAAGCCUAUUUCAACCAAAAGCAACGAGUUACAAGUUGUAGAAAAUAGCUUUCAAGAUCUUUCACCGACCAGUAGUACAUUAAUACCUGACACUUCUGAUGUGAAUCUUUAUGAGCAGCCUGAUUUUGGUGACUUUGGGGAUGAUAUAUAUACUACAAUUGAGGCGGCAUCUGAGAUGCCUAAGGAUCCACUGCCAAAUAUAGUGACAACAGAUAAGACUGAAGAGGAGCGAAAGAUUAAGGCAUUAGUUGAUACACCCGCUAUCGAUUGGAGCAGUCAAAAACUGGAUUCGUAUGGGUCUCGAAGGGGCUCUCAGCACACUAUGGUGAAAAGAAUGACAACUGGACUUAAUUCCGGUCGAGUUGGACUGGAGCGCAAGACACCACCUUCAGGCUAUGUCUGUCAUAGAUGUAAUGUGCCUGGCCAUUUCAUUCAGCAUUGCCCAACUAAUGGCGACCCUGCUUAUGAUAUUAAAAGAUUGAAACCUCCGACUGGCAUUCCACAGUCAAUGUUGGUGUCAAAUUCAGAUGGCUCUUAUGCAUUGCCGGGAGGUGCUGUUGCUGUUCUGAAGCCGAAUGAAGCUGCUUUUGAGAAGGAAAUUGAGGGAUUGCCAACCACAUGUUUUGCUGCUGACCUGCCAGUGGAACUGCACUGUCCAUUGUGUAAAAGAGUGAUGACAGAUGCGGUGUUAACCACCAAGUGCUGUUUUGGUAGUUUCUGCGACAAAUGCAUCAGAGAAUACAUCCUUUUGAGAUCAAUGUGCAUUUGCGGAGCUACAAAUAUCCUAGCAGAUGAUCUUGUUCCUAAUAAAACACUUAGGGAUACGAUAAUUAACAUGGUAGCGUCAAAGAGCAGUAGCAAGUCCACAACCACAGAGAAUUCCCAAAGCCAAUUGCAAAUUCAAGAUGUGGAAUCAGCUUGUUGUGUUAAGCACAAAGCUCCUCCUUCCACUCUCGCUGCAGCUUCGGAAUCUGAACUGAAGCAAAACUCUGUUGAGGAUUCUCCGAGUACAAAGGAAGGCAAUAUGAUUGCGCCAGAUAGUAAUUGUGCAAGAAAGUCUCGGGAGAAAGCUGCGGAAACUAUUGAUUUGCUUGAAUCGACGUCACAACUGAUGAGUGGAACUAAAUCUAAGCCACAACAGAGUGCAGCAACUUCCGGAGUAGUAAAGGAAAAGGUGCUCAACAAUGAGCAAGGAAAGAAGAAGAAGAAGAAAACAAACUCGACAGAGAGCGACUUUGCGGCUGUCAACAUGCAAUGGUCUGGCUUUCCUGAUAUUGGUGCUGGAAAUUGGGUUAAUUUCCCAGUUCAUCAGGCAUCUUAUAAUCCCUAUUGGGCUUCUGGUGGGUUUCCUGGGGGAUUUGAUGCUUACAUGACUCCACAUAUGGCUAGCGUGCCUUAUACGGGUUAUUCGUCUGCCCCCCUCGAUGUUCUUGUUGGCAAUAUCCUACCUCAAGGAUCCUAUGGAAUGCAAGGUUAUUCAUCUGUCGGUCAAAGGGAGAGUUUCAGAAACGGGGAGAUAAAUGCUAAUGCGACGCGGUUAAAACAUGGUUUACCACCACCUGGAGCUGCACCUGCUGAACGGCCCAGGCAGCCCGAGAGGUCGGCUCCAAACUCCACCAAUAUGCGGACCAAUGGCCGGAGAAGUUCGCCCCGCAGAGAUCUCGAAGUGCCCACAAGCUCAGGGAGUGAACGUUACCUCCAGAAAAAGAGGGGGAGAGAGCCAUCUGAGGAGUCGAAGCAGCUGAACAGAUUCAAAGAAUACGAGCGCACGCCAAAGUAUACAAGUGAUGGUCGGAGACGCAGUAAGGCCACGCACGACGACCUGCAUUUCAAGAGGCGGCGGCGGCAAGGCGGGGAGGCGGUCGGCAUUGCGACAAGGGCUUGAUGAACCACAAUCUUUUCCAACAUAUACGUUAGCCAUUUCCGCAAAUAAGUGUUUAAAGCCUUCAGCCUCGUACGUAGGAUGGAAAUGUAAUUGUGUAAAUUGUUCAGUCUGUAGUCGAGAGAGGAGAAUAAAAGAAAAGAGAGUGAUUUUUUUUCGUACUUUCUGCAUUGGCAACUGCAAUGUAAAUGAAGAAAUUAUGAUCAAUGAUAAGAUGCCACCACAGCUUUCUACAAAGCUGCAU